CGCAGGAUCCGCCAAAUAACGGGGAGAGACGCGUGCGUGCCCCUGACGCCUGGGACGUGCGACGCUCGGGCGCGAUAAUUUCGUCGAGGACGACUUUAUCGGGCGCAAUCGUCGUGAAGCGGAAAAUUCAAGAAUCGGCCCGAGCAUCCCUCCCGCGGGACGAAAACCCCGCAAGGUGAUCCACGAAGGGACCCACGGGAUUUUUUUUCCGCGUCGGUCACCGAGGCAGCCCCGGCAAAUUAAAAUGGCUGUGUCUGGCCGAAGCGGGUGAUUUCGACGGCGGGACAAUAGGAGGCAGAGCGGCGGUUCGAGCAGGAUUUCUGAAAGUUCCCAAGUACUGUUGUCGAGAAAACGCGGAGAAGUACGGACGGAGGGAUGAGCCGGCGUUGCGCGCUGGUGCGCGAGAAACUUUGCUGAUCGCCGGAUUCUGCACCCCGCGGGGCGCGCGCGGGGGCGGGGGUGGAGAAAGAAAAUCGUCGUCGGCAAAUGAAAUUUGAGGUCAUCGAGAAGCGAAACUAUAUCACGUUAACGAAAUCGAACAUAGAUUUUUUUUCCAGCGAAAUGAAAGAGCUAAAGACUCGAUAUAAUAGUAAAGUAAAUUUCAAGAAUUGUUGGGAGACGUGGAAAGUUUGGGAAUUAAGUGAAUUGCAUUGAUAAAAACGAGUUGCACCGUGACCGAACCAACUACCGGCGGAAAGCGCGAAAAGAUUUAGGAACGGGGAAUUGCACUCGGUAAAAAAGUAAUGAACCAUUUGUAGUAUGCAUUUUUUUAAAGCGCGAAAAAAAUUUCUAGACAAACAUUUCAUUGAUGAAGUGAACUCGAAUAUGGUCCUUUUAUGAUGGAGGAAAGUUCAGAGUUGAAAUUUACGAAUGUAGGGAUUGAGGGCAAGGAGGGCAAGAAGGGAUUUGUUAGGUAAAUCGGGAAAGUAAAUCUUCAUUACAAGAGAGAUGAGGUCCUACGACGGCGAGAGUAGCUCGACGGAGGACGACGAUCGCAGGGAGGGCCUGCCGGAGUCGCAUCUGCAACAGGGAUCCUGGCAGCGUACCGCGUCGCAUCCUACCUGGGCCUGGGAGCAUCGCAAUGCUCAUCCAAUGCCUCCACAAUCCGCGGCAGCCCUAGAGUCCGUGUACUCGACGCCGGGGGCCUCGCACCCGGGUGUCUCGGGUCCCCCAGCGGCAUAUUCGUCGGAGCACACUCAGAGCGCCCCAGGACGAAGGACUCCGCUGGGUACCGUAGGUCUCGGUGGCUUUUAUUUUCAGCAACAACCGCAACCACACGCCUCAUCCAGCGCGCUGUCCGACGAAAAUCGGCCGGACGAGAGACCCUCGGCCUCGCGACUGAACUGCCCCCCGAAAUCGAAGACGACCCGUCAGGGGAAGAGCGUGAGGCUGAACAUUAACGCGCGCGAACGCAGGAGGAUGCACGAUUUGAACGACGCCCUGGACGAGCUGCGCUCCGUCAUCCCUUACGCUCACAGCCCGUCGGUGAGGAAGCUGUCCAAGAUCGCCACCCUUCUGCUGGCGAAAAACUACAUCCUUAUGCAAGGAAACGCCUUGGAGGAGCUCCGAAGAGUGAUCGCCGUCCUGCAAUCGCCGCACGCGCACACCACCGCCUUGCCGCCCACGCCGGUCACCUACGACCUCCUGCAGGGAUUCCCCGGCAAGCUGUUCCAGGGGGUGCAGGAGAUGCAGGGUUUGCCCGCGAGCGAGCCACAGAUCGUGACCGGCCCCCCGACCGACGGCACGGUCGCCAGCGGAGAAUCGAAUUAAGCAGCUGAUUUUUUGUCCUACUUUUUCCGCGACUUCAUCUCUUCUUCCCUUUUCGUUUGUCGCGAAAGAGCGAAUGCAAGCCGUGGAAUUAAACGAUGAAAAUGCUCGAAUAGACGAGCGAGAAGUACGAUUCGAAGUUUUAGAGGCGAGAAGAGUCCGCGACGACCGAUACUUUCGGGAAUGGAACCGCCUUCGGCCACGAAAGUAUUAAUUACUAGAGUACUAAUUGCUAAUUAGACCCUUGAGAGAGAAAGGGGACGGUUAGCCUUUUAAAUAUUAAGUAUCUUAUUUAUCCAAUCAAAACGCGGAAGAACGAGCCGUACAAUUCUAUCUUUUCCGUGCAAACGAUGAGAUUGAAGCAAAAUGUCACUCAACUUAAAUCGUCAAAAAUUAACGUAAAGAGACGUCGAAGCAAAAACUUAUUCGUCUGCUCUCUGAAAGUCAAUCGGUGCAUUAUCACUGUGAACCAGCGAAUACUCAUAGUUUUCAGUGAUAAUCCACUGAUUGACUUUCAGAGAGUAGGAAAGCAACUUUCCUACAGAAAAAAAAAACAAUAUAAAAUGUACGGUGAUUUCGAGUAGCACCAAUUCCCUCCAGCGGAUUAAUUAAGCUCGUCUCGAAAUCCAGACCCAAGUCUGGAUGGGAGCAUUGCGAAAGUAUUACGAGAAAGUACUAGCGAUUAAGCGAUCAAUACGAUCUUACAGUCAAUAAUGCAGCAAUAAGACGACGGCGCCGUUUUCGUCCAUCCAACAGUCGUUUCUCGAGAUAGCAGGUUUCGAUCGCUCAACAUUUCCUUAUUAAAUGUAAUUCCUCCGUGGAAAAGAUUUUCUUCCAAUGGAGAAUCCUUUUUCGAUCGCGUGGUUGCUUUAAAAACGCCGUGCAAUGGAGGUCCGUCAUCUGAGACUCGCGACGAUAAAGGAACCGCGGGAAACGUGUAUGGAGGUUGGAAAGAUUUGCGUCUUCUCGAUUUUCGAAUCGAACGGAAGGACGAAAACGUCGCCAAGAUUCGGGACGCGAAGAGCGUCCCGAGUCUCGUCCUGAAACACGAUAGUCAAUAUUAGUAUGUGAUACGUGUGUUGAGGAGUUCUAGUCGUAUAUACAACAUAAAGAUAUUAAAUAUUCAUAUACACAUAUACAAUAUAUAUAUAUAUAUACACAUAUAUAUUUAAUAAUCUAAACGAGGCAUCGACUUACGACUUAUUUAUAUACUUAAGAGUCUACUAUACAAUGUGCCAAUAAGAAUUUAUCCGUUUCGAGGAGCGAACGAGUGAGAGAGUGCGAUGUGAGCAGCGAGAGAGAAACGUGGGAUUGGGGAGAGAAAGAACAAUUUUAGUUAUCGUAUUUGUAAGAGAUAUCGUGCGAUUUUCUUUUCUCUUGCGACGCCUCUUUUGUCGAGGGAAAGGCGAAGACGACGCAGCGUCUCCGCGAAGGCAAGGAGGAUAUACCUGUUGUAGAGCGUAGAUAAUAAUUGUUUAGUGCCCUCGAAUAAAAUCUAUUUAAGAAAAUCGCA